AACGAUAACGAUAAAGUCAAUCUUUGAGCUAGCUAAUCAAAUAAGUAUAUUGAAUUGAAAAUUCCGUCAACCAAGCAACGAUCUUCCCAAAAAGACAGUAAAGCGACCAUAACCAUGACCGUAGCGCGGUUAAACAUAAACUAACAACUGAAUGUUAAAUGCCGUAUUAUUAGGCUUAAAUUUUAUUUUUUUAAAAUAAUUUUUCCAUCUUAAGAUUUAAAAUCAAUCGAAGAUGGAAAAUACAUACGGAAUCGGUGUUAAAAAUCGUUAUGAAUUGUUUUACGAUGAAGAUGUUGACCCUCUCGAAAUAAUUCGUGAGCGCGAGGAAGCAAAGGAAAAACGAAAGACCGAUAAAACUGUGCCGAAGGAUAAAAACAAAAGUGUCAAGCCUGGAAAACCCACACCGGCUGCGACCGUUUCUAAAAAGCCCAAAGAAAAUCCCCUCGCUACUGCGUCAAAACCAGUUGAAACAACAGAAAUCUUAAACAAACCAAGAACAAGACCAUUUGCUGAUCGGAACAUAAAAGGUCUAAGAAAUUCGGAUGAAUCCAGAGAUAUAGAAGAGCGGAAAAAUUUCAGGAACAGAGAUGAGCCUUCACAUCAGAGUUCUGAAUCCAGAGAAAGAGAUGGCGAAAUGCGUAGGGGUCGAGGUGGUGGCUUCCGAGGAAGAGGACGACCACGUGGUCGAGGAAACUUCUUUAACACGGAUAAUCGUCCACCAAGGAGAGAUUUUGAUCGUCAUAGUGGCAGUGAUAAAAGUGGAAUCCGUUCUCUUGAUAAAAAAGAUGGUGCUGGAUCUAAUAACUGGAGUGAUAUGCGUACUGAUUUUAAUAGUCGUAAGCGGGAACCAGACUCCACAUGGGAUGAGGAAUUCGAGUCAUCUGGUGAUAAGCUGAAUGAUUCAACCUGGGAUACCACUCCUGAGACUUUUGCUCCAAGUCCUGGCAAAGAAGAAAUUCCUGUUGAAAAAACUGAGGAACCAUCUACUAAUGAAAACAAUGAAUCAAAGGAAAAUCUUCCAGUUGAAGAACGUUCUGAUGAAGUAAUGCGAGAAAUGACUUUAGAUGAAUGGAAAAAAGAACAGGAAGCAAAGCGAGCUGUUCCUAAAUACAAUCUUCGAAAACCUGGAGAAGGUGAAGAUGGUAAUCAAUGGAAGAAGCUUUAUAUGCUGAAGAAAAAAGCAAAAGAAGAUGGUGAUGAAGAUGACGAGGAAGAGGAUGAUGAAGAUGUUGAUGAUGAAGAGUUUGGAAGACGUGGGCGUCACAGACAGCUUGUAGAUAUUCAGAUAAAUUUCAAUGAUUCACGCCGUGGAAGGGGAAGAGCUCGUGGUGGCCGAGGGGGUAUUGGUCCUAGAAGUGGUGGUGGUGGUGGCGGCGGCGGCGGAGGUGGAGGUGGCUCUAUGGGAAAUAAAGAAAUCCACAGAGAAGAAAGACGUGAACCAAUGUCUGGAUCCAACAUGGGUGGGCGAAGUUAUCGAAAUAUAAAAAUAAACAAGUCUAGCCAACAGUCCGCUCCUCGUGUGGAUGAUUGGAAUGAUUUUCCAUCGUUGGUCACAGCUUAACUCCAGCCAAACAUUUGUAGAUUCUAAUCCUAUCUUGUGACUGAAGUAUUCUUGAAAAAUUAUUUGUUGACUUCUGUGGUUUGGCAUCUUUAAGUGCUAAUUGCAACAGAUACUGAUAAUACUUCCUUGUAGGCUAAUACAUAAGUACCUGUCUUGCACACUCUUAAGAGACUUGUCCAAAUGACUUUGUAUUCAAGAAGUACUUAGUAUUACUUCAGAAUUAUUCAUUUAUUCUGAAUAAAUAGUAACUUUUUUAUAUAUAUAAUUUGCAGUUUCUGCUUUGCAGCUAAAAAUUGAUUAAAUUCUGAAACAUUUGUUUAUGGUAGCUAUAUUAAAAACAUCUGCUUUAAUUAUAUUUUUAUUUUAAUCUUUAUUGAGCUAAAUAAAAUAAUUUUUUUGAAGUUUUAAAUUUUCAAGUUGAAUUGCUAAUAUUUAAGUAUGCUUUUAUUCCCCUUAAAUUGAAAGCACAGUGCUUCACUGUUGCUUAGACUUUUUGAGGUUUUUUCUGUAUUUUGUCUGUUAUUCGAAACUGAAAUUAUAAAUUAAUAAAAACUUACCAAGGCAAUAUAUUAAAACUAGCUCUAAGUAUACUAAGUCACUGUGUUAAAACUAGUGUGCUGUAUUUUAUACUGUGUGAUCUUUCAAGUGAAUUGUUUGUGUUUUCUGAGUGCAUUGUUUAGUGUAUAAUAUGUUUAAUUUUCCUUUAAUAGUUGACAGUUAUGAAACUCUUAGGUUCCAAUGUAUUGUGGUAAAAAUUUUCUAGUCAUUCAUAUUUCCAAUAUUUUGGCAAUAAUAGUCAUGAAGUUUUAACAUAAAACCUUUGCUGGUGCCUUUGUUCUGACACUAUUUUAGUACUAACUUAAUAUAAACUUGUUAAGUAAUUUUCAAGUUUCAGAUCUCUAAACAAUAUCUUGUGUUAAGGGAUUCUUGUUAACUCUUUUUAAAUCAACAUCCAAGCUUCGAUGUUUACUGCUUUGAAGUACAGGAAUUUACCCCAAUAAUAAUAUUAAUAAAGGCCUUAAAAACAGUUUUAAAAAGGAACUGUUUCCUCUCCAUGUACUCAAAAUGUUUUCUCUGACAUUUAGUCUGCCAUUUUGAAAUUUAUUCAUAUAUAUAUAUAUAGUAUUAAAAUAUCGAUCUGAGUUUGUUAAAAAUGUUGAUAUCUUUAUUGUUAUGUAUUUGUUUAUGAAUUUUGGACUUAAAAUUUAAAUAGUUUAAUAGAUUAUAUGUUAAAAGUAUUUUUAAAUAUCUUAAAAAAUGAUGUACCUGCUAAAACACUUUUGAAAAUCAAAAUAUAUAUGUAUAUAUAUAUUAAAAAAGAAAUUUUUGCUGUAUAGCACAGAUAAAUUCAUUGCAUACAAUUUAUGCUUCUAACGAAGUAUUCUGUGUUGUACAUCUUAGAAUAUGACUUUGGUUUUAUUACUAACUAUUAAAGUUUGCUGCAAAUUGUACCCCACAAGUGCAUGAAAAAAAUGUAGUUAAUUUUUUAAUAAAAGAGAUUGGUUCUUUCUUUGUAA